AUGGAAUCAUGCAAGCAAGCAAGUGAAUUAGCUAAUAAUAUCGUAUACAAUGCUAUUCUCAUUGCUGUAAUUAUCACUUCAGCGACAGCAAUUAUUGUUGAAAUUUGGGUAAUAUUUAAGACAACAAAUCGUAUUUUACUUCAUCAGAAUGCUCGAAUUUUGAUUAUCACACAUCAGUUAUGGCUCAUUCUUCACUGUGCUACAAGAAUAUUUGCCCAUACCUAUGUAUUACUGGCAUACCGUAGGGCACGUGUCGAUAACCCGUGUGGGUAUAUGUUGUUUGUUUGGGAAUGUUUCAUGAUGCGAGCACCGAUCAUUUUAUCAUCUUCCCUAAAUUUCGCUUCUAUACCUUCAAUAGUAGCUGAAAGAAUUAUUGCUACAUUUUUCUCAUCCAAAUAUGAGAAAUUUGGAAAAAAUAUGGCUGUCAUCUUUAUUAUAAUAGAGGUAAUUUUUGGAAUUGGAGCCUUUGCGUUUAUAUUUGGUGAUUUUACAUUACCCUAUUCAAAAAGGGUACACCAUUGUCCUAAAGCAUGGCCUGAUAGAGCUACAAGAAUUUCUAUGGUCCUCGGUCUUCAUGCUCUAAUCGAUUUCAUUUCUAUUUUAAUUAUUCCGGUUUUACUUUACGUUAAUAAGAGAUUUCACCGUAAUAAAAUUCACGUGAACUUAUCGGAUCGUUAUCAAAUCACAGAAAAUAUAAAUUCUCUUCGUACAUUAUUACGCAUGUUCACAUUUCAUUCUCUAUUUCGAGGUCUUCACCUGGUCGCAGUGUCUAUGUUUUUUGCUUUUCGUUUGAAAUCUUCUGUCGGAAAUGCUAUUUAUCUGGAAGGAGCACAGCUAACACCGCUAUACGCAUUAACCUUACCAAUUGCUAUAGUAUGGACAGAAAAACAUGUCAGGAAAACUGCCCAGGAAAAUUGCCGGAAAGCUAUAGAAUUAAAGGGCAGUGAAGCAGCUAAUCACUACUUUACAAUUUUCGAAAGACCUGCAGGAAAGAAUGCUUAA